CGGAUACAGACCUCACUUGAGGAAGAAAGAGAGAAAGAGAGGGAGAAUCACUAGAAUGGAAGUAGGGAACCCAGGAGAUGCGCUGGACGGAGUGUAUGCGUAUUUGUAUGCAGAGGGAGACCGUAGGACGGCCGAGUGGUGGUUGAUGUCCUCGCCCGUCUGGGGCUACCUCCUCUGUGCCAUCUAUCUCUUCAUCAUUUGGGGUGGAAAGAAGGUGAUGAUGACGAGGGAACCGUUUAACAUCAAGUACUUGGUCAUAGUCUACAAUGCCACCAUGGUGGCUCUCAAUGGUUAUAUGGCGAUCGUCAUUGCCUACAAUGCUUUCUUUGUUCUUGGCUACGGAUUUCGUUGCAAUGGCGUCGACUACUCUGACCGCGGCUACGGCAUGGCCGCCGUCCUCUGGUGGUUCUACUUUUCAAAGUUCAUCGAGUUCUUGGAUACCAUCUUCUUUGUGGCGAGGAAGAAGUUCCAUCUAGUCACCUUUCUUCAUCUCUACCAUCACACCACCAUGCCGCUGCUCUGGUGGCUCGCCAUCCGCUUCACUGCCGGUGGGGAGUGCUACCUCUCGGCCAUGAUCAACUCGUGUGUUCACGUCAUCAUGUACUCGUACUACGGUCUUCGUGCUGCAGGCUACUCGGUAUGGUGGAAGAAGUACCUGACUCAGCUGCAGAUGGCUCAGUUUGUUUUCCUCAUGAUCCACGGCGCAUAUGGCGCCAUCUUUGACUGCAAGGUCUUCCCCAACUGGAUGGCGUAUGCUCUUGUUGCCUACAUGAUCUCGAUGCUCACUCUCUUCCUCAACUUCUACCUCCACUCGUACAAGGCCAAGCCCAAGUCGAAGGAGACGUAAAUGCCAGGUACCCUGCC